AUGUCCAUGUUCAGACCGGCCGCAGAGAUGGGCUCGUCUGAUUCCGACUCAAGCUCUGAAGCAAGUGACCAUGAAGUUAUCACCAAGCAAGAAACUACCAGUGAAUCCCAUCCCGUGCAAAAUGGGAAACUGCCCGGUCCAGAAGAUGGCGGGACGGAUGACAGUAGCACCCAAGAUCUGCUUGCUGCCGAUACCGACAGCCACUCCAAUCUUAUGACUUCUGCCUUGCUGGAAUUCUACUGCCUUACCCGGGCCGCGGAUCUCUUGAACAAACAGCACGGAUCUCGGAAUCGGUAUACGCGAGACUCCCCGGAAGUGCAGUUCCUCGGGAAGAAGUUGUACUCGCACAAAUCUAAGUUUCUUUCGGCCCAUGGCGUCCUGGCGGAUGGCAUUGAAGAGGAUAAGUGGGGAUCAACGCGGCAGUACUAUCGCGACAAUCUUGAUGCUCUUGGAUUAACUGCGCUUGAGGGACUCGAUAUAGGCGAUACGAACGGGAAACCGGCGAUUGGAGGAACCGGUGACCUUGUUCUGGCCUCAAGAGGUGCAGGGCAACCUACCCAGAAAACCGCACCAAAUUUGCGAUUGGAGGGACACGAGGUCGGUCCGCUGGACUUCCGAGGUCGUCAUGGCGCGGAAAAAGGGAUUCCAGCAUUGGAGGACUUUCGACUUGACCCAAGGAGGAUACCGCGCCCCCUACUGCCACUCACUGGCAGCUCACCGACAAGCUUUCCGCUGUUUGACGUAAAGACUACACCUUCCAACACCGCGAUGUCUAGGUACGCCAUGGAAUUUGCGGAAAUUCAGGUCGUUGGCAGGGGCUCUUUUGGAGAAGUGUAUCAUGUCAAGAACCACAUUGAUGGCCAAGAUUAUGCCGUUAAGAAAAUACCACUCAGCCAAAGACGCCUGGAGCAGCUGCAGUGUGGAAACGAGAACCAGCUGGAGAAUAUCAUGAAAGAAAUCCGAACGCUGGCUCGGCUAGAGCAUGCGAAUGUCGUGAGAUAUUAUGGAGCCUGGCUGGAGCAAACAAACUUUCCGCGCAUCCCGUUCGCCAGUCAGGAUGCCCCAGGGGAGCUUGACUACGAAGAGAGCCAAGACAGCGAAGCCUAUCAGCCGUCUGGCGUGGACAGUUUUGGCAUUGUUUUUGAGCAUUCUCAAGAGCAGCCAUCGUCUGCUGGGAACGGCUCGAUUGAUCGCAGAAGUGCAACAGAUUCAACAGUGCAUUCGUUGGAGAGGAUUCUGACACGCAGCUCAGAGGACGAUGUCGAGUCUAUUCCACGCGAGUUCAACGAGCAGACUUAUAGCCAGCUGUCCACAUUUGGCGCCAGUGACGGUGACAUUUUCACAGAUGGCCUCAGCAACGAUAGAUCACAGCUCCAACUACAGCGGAGACAUCGAAACGGUGAAGCGGUUCCUGCUGUGGUUCUGCAUAUUCAAAUGUCAUUACACCCCAUUCCACUCAGCUCAUACUUGAGCCAACAACAAACAAACGAUACCCACACCUUACUACGCCGACACUGUUACCACCUUAUCCCGUCUCUAAAACUCAUCCUAAGCAUCAUCUCCGGUGUCGACUAUCUCCACUCCAAAGGCAUCAUCCAUCGGGACCUCAAACCAGCAAAUAUUUUCUUAUCCUGCGCCGAAGAAAGAAACUUCAAAGAGUGCGAAGUGUGUAAAGCGCGGCUAGGCGCAUGUUCCAAAUUCUGCCACCCCCGUAUCGGUGACUUUGGACUCGUCGCAGAUAUAUCGCACAUGAACGACUCCUCCCCAGGCACCCCUGUCGGAUCCACCCUUCCCAAGCUGAACCGCGUCGUCGGGACAGAAUUCUAUUGCCCACCGUUCUUCCGAACCAACGGGCUUCCUGAACCCGAAACCACUGGCCCGUCUAGCGAAGAGUAUUUCGACUACUUAAUCGACGAGUCCCUCGACGUCUACGCCCUCGGGGUUAUACUAUUCGAACUUGUCUACCGCAUCGGCACAAAGAUGGAGCGCCAGAUGGUUUUAACUGGACUGACGAGGGGCUCGCAACGACCCACCCCUACCGGUUUGGUUCGAGAACGACCGGUGUUUCCAGAGGACUUUGAGCAGAAGGUUGACCGUGGUUCAGCCAUUUUACCGACUGGAGAGAGUGUUGCUGAGUCGCUCAAGACAUGCAUCAGGGGCAUGCUGGAGCUGCAACCUCACAGGCGGUGGCGGUGCUCGGAUGUGCAGAGACACUUGCAGGGAUUGCUUAAUAUUGCAGAGCAGUCUUCAAUCUAG